AAAUCGAAAAAAAACUUUAUCUACCCAACAAAUAAUCUCACAUAAAAACUCCCAUACCCCUCCACCAUAAAAUGGAAAAACCUCAACUAGCUCACCACCACCGCCACCACCAAACUCCCCAACAAUGUCCUCCCAACAACAACCACCACAACCACCACCAUACAAACCCUACCGCCUCCACAAAACCCUAACCACCCACAAACGCGCCGUUUCCUGCGUCAAAUUCUCCAACGACGGCGAACUCUUAGCCUCCGCUUCUCUUGACAAAACCCUAGCUCUCUACUCUUCUCAAACCCUAACCCUAAUCUCUCUCCUCGUCGGCCACACCGAAGGAAUCUCCGAUCUCGCUUGGUCUUCCGACUCUCACUACAUCGUCUCCGCCUCCGACGACACUACUCUCCGCAUUUGGGACGCACGCGCAUCUUCUUGCGACUGCGUUAAAACCCUAAGAGGUCACUCCGACGUCGUUUUCUGCGUCAAUUUUAACCAACCUUCGAAUUUGAUCGUUUCUGGGUCUUUUGAUGAGACGAUUAGGGUUUGGAAUGUUAAAACGGGUCGGACUGUUCAUGUGAUUCAUGGGCAUUCAUUGCCUGUUACUUCUGUUAGUUUUAACCCAGAUGGGUCUUUAAUUGUUUCGGGUUCUCAUGAUGGGAGUUGUAAGAUUUGGGAUACUGCUACUGGGGUUUGUUUGAAGGUGUUGAUUGAUGAUAAAAUUGGGGUUUCUUUUGCUAAGUUUUCUCCUAAUGGAAAGUUUAUUCUUGUUGCUACUUUGGAUAAUACUUUGAAGCUUUCUAACUACUUGACUGGAAAAUUCUUGAAAAUGUAUCAAGGUCAUGUCAAUAAAAUAUAUUGCAUAACCCCAACUUUCUCGGUGACAAAUGGAAAGUAUAUUGUGAGUGGAUCAGAAGAUCAGUGUAUAUAUUUGUGGGAUCUUCAGGGAAGGAAUUUGAUCCAGAGAAUAGAAGGUCAUACGGACACUGUCGUUUCUGUCUCUUGCCAUCCGAAACGCAACAUGAUUGCUUCAGCAGGCUUGGACAACGAUAGAACAGUUAGGAUUUGGGUCCAAGAUGCGUGAUUUUCUUAGGAAAAAGAAAUAUUACUUUCUGAUCUAUCUGAUUAGAGAGAAUUCAUGCAGUUGAUCGAAAACAUUCUCUUCAGUUCAUGACGAGUGUUUGAUCUUCAUCGUGCAUUCGACCCCAUGUUGUGAACUUGUGAGCUGUGAUGUUCCUGAGAUAGAGUAAAUUGAGUUGAUGUACCUCUUGGGAAAAAAUCUCAUCAGUCGUGCUUUCGGCUUCCAUUUCAACGUGUAAAUGAAUUGUGAACUUGUGAUAACCUCGAGACAGAGCACUUGUGUAGUUGUGUUGCUGUUUUUCCCAAUUUCUCAAUUUGCGCUUCUUGCUUCCAUGUGAAUGUAUAAAUGAAUGAGAAACUCUUGAUAUCUAAUAUUCAGAUAUCUAACAUCUCAAUGGGAAAAGUUCAUAAAUAUUUCCUUUAUGUCUAA